AUGAGUUCCAGAUCAGUUCCUCUUUGUGGCGAAACAGAGGAAGCUGCUGUUCCCUGUGUUCAGCGUUUUGUAUCCUUUGAGGAUGUGUGUGUGCAUUUCACGGAGGAAGAGUGGGCUGUGCUGGACCCAGGCCAGAAGACGCUGUACAGGGACGUCAUGCUGGAGAAUUAUGGGAACGUGGCCUCGCUGGAAGAGCGUCUGAUGCCCAAAUCUUACCUCAUCCGCUGGCUUGAAGAUAAGGAAGAAGAGACGUUGGUCCAGGAGAAGCUGACAGGUGAUGGGAAUACACCAUAUAUAUGUGUUGAAUGUGGAAAAGGCUUCAGCAAUAGUGAAAGCCUUAAACGACAUCAAAGAACCCACACAGGGCAGAAGCCGUAUCAGUGCAUGGAAUGUGGAAAGAGCUUCAGUUUGAGUCAACAGCUUAAUAUACAUCAAAGAAUCCACACUGAAGAGAAACAAUUUAAAUACCAGGAAUGUGGACAGAGCUUCAGCAGUAGCGGAGACCUUACUUCACAUCAAAGAACACACACAGGAGAGAAAUCAUAUCAUUGUAAGGAGUAUGGUAACCAUUUCAGCACUAGCAGAGACUUUUAUGCACACAAAGUAACCCAUAUAGAUGAAAAGCCAUAUAAAUGCAUUGAGUGUGGGAAAAGCUUCAGUCAGAAACAAAACCUUAAUAUACAUCAAAGAACCCACACAGUGGAGAAACCAUAUAAAUGUAUGGAGUGUGGAAAGAGCUUUAGUACUAGUGUUAAGUUUAAUUUUCAUCAAAAAACCCACACAGGAUUGAAACCAUAUAAAUGUGUGGAGUGUGGAAAGAGUUUUGGUGAUAGCGUACGCCUUCUUACCCAUCAAAGAAUUCAUACAGGGGAAAAGCCUUUUAUGUGCUUAGGGUGUGGAAAGAGAUUCAGUCAAAGUCAACACCUUAAGGUACAUCAAAGAACUCACACAGGGGAGAAACCAUAUAAAUGUGUUGAGUGUGGAAGUAGCUUCAGCAAUAGUGGAGGCCUUAAAAUACAUCAGAGAAUCCACACAGGGGAGAAGCCAUUUAUGUGUAUGGAAUGUGGAAAGACCUUUAGUUGGAGCCAAAAGCUUACUGUACAUCAAAGAACCCACACAGGAGAGAAACCAUUUAAAUGCCCGGAGUGUGGAAAGAGCUUCACUCAGAAGGGAAACCUUAAUUUCCAUCAAAGGAUUCACACUGGGGAAAAACCGUUUAAAUGCCAGGAAUGUGGACAGAGCUUCCGAACUAGUGGAGGUCUUACUUCACAUCAAAGAACCCACACAGGGGAAAAACCAUAUCAAUGUAAGGAGUGUGGCAAGAGCUUCAACACUAGUGGAAACUUUCAUGCACACGAAAUAACCCAUAGAGAUGAGAAGCCAUAUAAAUGCAUUGAGUGUGGAAAAAGCUUCAGUCAGAAGAGAAACCUUAAUAUACAUCAAAGAUCCCACACAGAGGAAAAACCAUAUAAAUGUAUGGAGUGUGGAAAGAGUUUUAGAGAGAGCGUACGUCUUCUUAACCAUCAAAGAAUUCACACCGGGGAGAAACCUUUUAAGUGCUUAGAGUGUGGAAAGAGCUUCAGUACAAGUCAAUACCUUCGAGUACAUCGAAGAACCCACACAGGGGAGAAACCAUAUAAAUGCUCUGAAUGUGGAAAGGGUUUCAGUGAUAGCAGGAGACUAAAAACACACAAAAGGAAAUGCUCAGAGUGUGGGAAGAACUUCAAACACCACACAAGCCCCGAGGGUCAUCAAGAGACCCAUGCAGAGGAGCAAAUCUAUAACGAUACGGAGUUUAGCCAAAGCUUCAGCCAGAAGAAAGCUGAGUAUUAAUCAAAGAACCCACAUGGAAUAAACCACAUAAGCUCAA